UCGCUCUUCUGGACCUAUUUGUCCUGUUUUCUUCCCUUCCCUUCCCGUUCCUUGAUAUAUUUCUCUCUCUUCAGUCCUUCUUCUGCAGCUCGAGGUCUCCACUGUUUCGUGUCCUCUCUUCGAACCAUGUCGGCGCGCUGUGUCGAUUGGAAGCGGUACUUGUACAACGGAGGAAAGAGCGCCCCUGUGCAGCAGGUAAGCGGCUUGCCGCGAAUUCCUCGGGCGCGGAAGCUGGCGGAUGAGUUGCUGGGUCUGAACGAUGAAGAGAAUCCGAACCAAAAGCAGAGUGCGCAAGACGGAGAGGAUGAGAAGCCGUUGACGCCCAGCUCGGCGCGGCCCUCGGAUACGUCGCGUCGGCUGCUCACGCCCUGCGCCUCCCAAGGCUCCUCGCCGCCUCAGGACCAGCAGAGACACCUGGACCAGACGCGAGGGCGCGAACAGACAGACAGAGACAGAGACAGAGAGAGAGACAGGAGACUCAGAGAGAGAGACUGGGAGACGGAGAGGGACAUAGAGAGAGGACCGGAACGGGAGAGAGGAUGGGGACGGGAGAGGAUGGAGGCGCGAGAGCGGAGCGACGGAUGGUCACUCUCGGGACUUCCCGCUCAGAGAAGAAGAGAGGGAAGAGAGGCCAGAGGGUCUCAAGACGGCUGGAGAGACAGAGCACAGGAAGGCCGCUUCUCCCCUUCACCUCGAACUUCACCUCGACCGCGUGACCCACUUGGAGCGGAUCUUGGAAGCGUUUCGGGGACCUCGACUGUCCAACCAGAAGACUUGUCUUCGUCAAAGAGCACGGAGAGAAGAGAACACUGCGAGAGUUCUGCAGUCCAUCGAGGGGAACGCGUGGUCGAGAAAGACCGCGCAGCAGGGAAGGACACAAGAGAAGUUUCCAGAGAGACAAGAGACGAAAGGAGAACUCCAGCGAUGCCAAACACCGAGAAACAUGGAGAGUGCGUUUCGGCUGUCGAGACAGCCGACAAGUGCCUCACUGCUUCCUCGCAUGCAUCUUCUCCCUCUGUUUCCUCUCUCUCCUCUUCUUGGAGAGGAGAGACUGCGCUGAGAAACAGCGAGACACAGGCCACAGCCAGCGAGGCGUGCAGAGACGGUCCUGCACCAGGAGACGCUUCUGAGUCUUUCUGCAGCAGUUCAGCGGGUCGGCUGACAUGUCUCCACUCGUCCUUCUCGGCGCGUCCUGCAAAGGCGAGCUUCGGGGAGGCUGGCCGACAUUUCGCGCACUCGAACGCGCCAUGGGCCGCAAGACAGCGUCUUCCGUCCUUUGCUUCGCCUUCGCGGUUGGAGUUGCAGGGCGAGAAGAGGAAGGCCGAAGAAGGAGAGAAGCGCGCUUCGUCACCUGCGAGUGUGAAGGUGAAGAAGCCUCGGCGCGAGGGCGAGAACGCGCCUGCAGAUGCGCCGUCCAAAGCAGAGAACGCGGAGCCUGGAACUCCGGGGAAAGCCGAGACCUGCGGUGUCGAUACCCCCGAGAAGGGAGGGGACCAGCGGGGGGCUCCGAGCGAGGCGUCGUCGCCGAGCGUGAAGCGACUUCGAGGGAAACGGCGUCGCCUCAUUCGCGUCGGAUCGCCGGGAUCGAGUGACGACGAACUCCCUCGUCGACCGUCUCUUUCUCUGACUUUGAACGGAUGCCCUGCCGAUUCCCACCGACCCAUGGACGCGUCUGUCGAUGUGUCAGGGAAUCACGAGACCGAGGGGCCUCUGGCGUGUACAGACAGAGGUCCGCAGUCUGCUCAGAAAGCACCCGUGUCUGUUCAUGUCGCUGCAGAGAAGAGGCGUCCGUCUCCAGAGGAGGUGCAGGUGUCUUCUGAAGCAGGCAAGACGCGGAGUCGUGCUUCCGGAGUGCCUGCGUCGUCUCGACUGGCGUCUCCGAAGGCUGCUUCGCUGCGAGGGUCGCUGGGAUCUGGCGACGCACGGUCGCGCCUCCAAGUUGAGGCUUCGGAGAGCUCGUCGUCAUCGGAGAGCAGCGACGAAGAUGAUGCACUGGAGGCGCUCCAGGACUGUCUCCGGGAAAGCACCGAAAUGACUUCGCGCCUCGUGCAGGCACUCGGAGGCGCGGAGAGCGGCACGCAACGCGACGUCGCCGAGAAGAUUGGGCGGGGUCGGUGUCACCCAGAGAAGUCUUUCGCCUUGCCUGCAGAUCUGCGCGAGCACACAUCUUCGGUGGCGGAUCGCCUCAAGGAGUAUCAACAGUGUGGCGUUCACUGGCUCCUCACGCUCCACGAGUCGAAUCGCAACGGUAUUCUGGCGGACGAGAUGGGGUUGGGGAAGACCGCGCAGACAUGUGUCUUCCUCAACUACCUGUACCAAAGCGGCCGAGUCUCGAGUCCGACGAUCAUCGCGGCGCCGGCCUCGCUGCUCGACAACUGGAUGCAGGAGUUGGAGGCCUGGGCGCCGUUCCUCGCCCCCGAUCGGGUCCUCAAGUACCACGGAAAGCAGAUGGAGCGCAGAGAGAUGGCGCUCCAGUUCCUCGAUGCACUCGACUCGGAGGAGAAAGUCCUCGUCUUGGUGACCUCCCUCAACACGCUCACCUCCAAGUGGGACGUCCAGUAUUUGAAGCAAAUUCGCGAGGUCGCCUACCUCGUGGUCGAUGAGGCGCACUCGCUGAAAAACAAAGACAGUCUCGUCUACAGAAAACUGAACAGAACCCUCAAGUGCGAACGACGACUCCUGCUCACUGGAUCCCCAAUCCAGAAUCGGACUCUGGAGCUCCGCAACCUCCUGCUCUUCCUCAUGCCCUCGGUCUUCGACGGAGACUCUCUCGACCUCGCCCUCAAGGCCUUCUACCGCCAAAGUCGCCGUCAGAAAGCCGCUGAACAGCGCAGACAACGCCGGCUAGCUUCACCGAGUGCAGGCUCCGCUCGAGAUUCUCCCAAGACCGCCGAUGCACACACGACGGAGGUGUCAAGCGAAGUUCUUCAGACUGAGGGAGAUUCCGCCUCUUCACCCUCUUCUCCGAGCUCUUCCUCUUCCUCUGCCGCCGCCUCGUCUUCAGUACUUGAGGCCGGAGGUGAAAUAUCUGCGCAGGGAGAGUGUUCGCCUUCUUCGCGGGAGGGAGUGGCGGAGAGUCGAAGUUUGCUGGACGAGCUGACGAGCGGCGACUUCGCUUCAGGACUAGGGUCGGGGCAAAGUUUGCCUUUGCUCGAUAAAAAAGACAAAGCUGCGCUAGGGAAGGAGGAACCGUGUCAGCAAGCUGCAGAGGUGGAGUGUCUCCAACGCAUCUUGUCGCCGUUCAUCCUGCGUCGCCUUAAAAACGAAGUGCUGGGCUGUCUCCCGAAGAAGAAGAACGUCGUCCUCAGAUGUGAAAUGCAGGGCCGACAAAGGGAACUCUACAUCCAAGAAAUCAAAACCUGGGAGUCCGAACUCACACGCUCUCUCGAAAAACUCACCUCCGAACUCACAGGGAGUCUUCCGCCUUCCCCUUCCUCUUCUGCUUCCUCUGCGUCCUCUUCUUCUGCUUCCUCUGCGUCCUCUUCUUCUGCCUCUUGUUCUUCUGCAGCAGAGACGGCGAGAAGCGGGGCGAGUGCCGUGUCGGAGAAAGAGAAGCCGUCGAGUGUGGAAUCUCUGGACAGUGGGAACUCUGAAGGACCUUCGCUUUCUCCCGACUCCUCGACAGCGGAGAAGCCGCAAGACGAAACGCAGCUCGUCGGAGAGAAGCGCGAUAAGUCGAGGUCGACCGACCGAGUUUCGAAUGGCGUAGAAGAGGGAGAGAGUGCGUCCCCAGAUGCGCCGGACUCCUGCUCUGGAGACUCCGGAGAGGCGCAUGCGUCUGAGAAAGGAGAGCGAGGAGCCGUGGGCUGGCGUGCAGAGGGCGAGGCUGUGGGUGACGAAGGCGAGAGAACAGCGGGGGGCCUUUGUGAAGAAACGAGGGGAGAAAAGGGAGCGAAGGGAGAAGCAGCGCCGGCAUCGAAAAAGAAGUUCGUCAAUUCUCUUCUCGCGCGCCUGAGACGCAUUUGCAAUCACCCGGUACUCAUGCAGGGCGCCUACACAAACGAACAACUCGAGGAAAUCACUCGCCAUUUCUGGCUCCGCGUCGACGGAUUCAAAGGAAAUCCACGAGAGAAAGUGGACUUGGAAAUCCGGAAGUGGAGUGACUACGAAAUCCACCAGGCGAUUCAGCAGCAGAUUUCUCAGGGAGACUCUCGCCUCGCUCAUCUUUCGCUUCCCAAGGAGAUGAUCAUGGACAGCGCGAAGAUUCGGAAGAUGAUAGAACUUGUUUCGGAGAUCAAGAAGAAGGGGGAGAAGGCUCUGAUUUUCAGUCAGUACACGACGUACUUGGACGUGGUGGAGGAGAGCCUGACGACGUUCUGCGGCGACAUUGGCAAAUGUCGUCUAGACGGUUCGACAGCUGUCGAAGAUCGCCAGGCGCUGGUUGAUGACUUCAGCACAAAUCCGGAUCUAACUAUUUUCCUGCUCUCCACCAAAGCCGGAGGACAAGGCCUCAACCUCACUGCUGCGCGCACGGUCAUUCUGAUGGACCAGGACUGGAACCCGCAGAACGACAGACAGGCUGAAGACAGAGUUCACCGUCUUGGUCAAACGCAGGACGUCACAAUUUACCGACUUUGCUGCAGAGGCACCGUCGAAGAAUCCAUUCUCAAGUGCUGCCAGGCGAAACUCGACCUCGACGUUGCAUUCGGCGGCAACAGCGAAGUGCUUCAGGCGGCGAUUCUGCAGGACUCUUUGAAUGUUCUGUCACGCGAGGACGCGCUCGACAAAUCGAAGACUUGAACCGGAUGCCCUCCCCAUCGUGUCCUCUCUUCCGCCGUCCAUACACACACUGUCCAAGCAUGUGCCGGACUCCGUUCCUAAAAAAACGUUCGUGAAAGGAUGUACUUAAAUUCGUAGAAGCAUAAAGACGUACAUGAACAUGAUUGCAUGCAAGCAGAUGUAGACGGAGGUGACCUUGAAACGUACCGUGGAAACAAGUCGUGCACUGAAUAAAGAACCUGUGGAAUUUCUGUUGUGGCAUUCUGUCCAGAGUCGAGCAGCAGCUGCGACCGUCCUUGGGGCUGUACAUACACCCGAGAGGCCGCUGCGGUCCUGCGUCGCUCCGCAGCCGGAUGUUUCUGCGCGCACCGAGACGGGGGGGGGGGAACACUUGUGGAUUCGUGGAUUUCUGCAAUUGGGUUUUUGUGCUUUUCUGUACAUGCGCCGCGCGGCCGCCAGCUGGCGCAAUAUGUUCGUAACUCGGUGAAUUCGAGCGAUUUUCCGCGAAACUUCCCCAAACGGGGAGAGACUGUCGUUGCUUCCGUGUGUGCAUGGGGCACCUCCAUCGACUGGGGGCCUCAGUCGCUUCCGCUUAUGUUGCAAAGUGUGCAAGCCUUCUACAGCGUAUACAUCGAGCAUCUCCUGUGUGUCGUUUCAUUGACACGCAAGGCCCCGCAUCAGCGAGAACGAGGCUUUCGUAAACAUGCAAAGGUUUAUUUUCGUAUGACAUUCUUUCGUGGUAACGCAUUGUCAGACACAUAUUUCUAUAUGUAUACAUAUGCAUAUAUAUAUAU